GUCGAUGCUGAGCUGCUUCAAGCCGGUAAAGUGAAGGCGAACAAGGAGAAGUUCCUGACCGGAGGACUAGAAGGUGGCAGUGAAGAAGAAGACGAGGGCGAGAGAGAUCCGAAUAUCAUCAGGGAGGACAGAAAGAAAAAGAAGGAGGAGUUGCACUUUGCUCAGGUUGGAGAUCUCAAGAACAAAUGGAAAACAGGAGAAGUGGAAACGGCUGAGCUGAAAGAAGCUGAAGAGAGGAAAGAUUUGGAGCUGCUCAAGACUGGCCCAUCAGUAAAGGAACGUUUCCACGAACGCAAUGAGGCCGACUCGAUCGUGGAGCGUCACUGGGAUCGUAGUGAAGUCGACACUGCUGGAGCCGCCGAAGCCAGGAAGUCUUUCAUGCAGGGAUCUGCCUUCGAAGCGCCUGCAGUCGAGAAAAGUGCCAAGGAUUUGGAAGACCUUCAUUUCAAACGUGAGUAA